CGAGUCUCCGGCAUGGACACAAGCUUCACGGCAGAACUUUUCACAGGAGAUUUUAUCGCUGUUGUUUUCCAUCUGACACGGCUCGUAUCACUCGGAGAUGGAUUUCUGAACGGAAUAAGCCGAAGCUGAGCCCGACUCUAGUUAAAUCUCCCAUUUGAAAUCGUUUUUUGUGUGUUGUUUGAGUUGUUAAAGGAAGAGGGGAAAAUGCCAGUUGCAACUCUUCUGCCUUUUACCGCGACCCCGAAUAGGAAGUCUGCCAGCCCGACUUCUUUCAGGUUGACAGAGAAAUUUAUUUUGUUAUUAGUGUUCAGCGCUUUUAUAACCCUGUGUUUCGGGGCAAUUUUCUUCCUUCCGGACUCCUCCAAGCUGCUCAGCGGAGUUUUCUUUCAUUCCUCCGCGGUCGAAACGAACACCCACACCGGUCCGGACAGCAGCGACGCGGGUUCGGCUGGAAACGACGACAGGCUCCUGGCAAAAAUCAAGAAAGACCACGAAAAGGCUCUGUUAGAGGCUAAGGAUACUCUACAAAAACUUCCCGACGUGAUACAAAAUGACAUUCUAGCUGAUAAAGCGAAAGUUACAAAGGAGAGCAUGGGUAAAGGUGCGAAGGAUGGCAAUAAUUUACCUUUCAUAGAGUACCACCGCCCGCCAGGGGCGACGGGACUAGAACCCCAGGACCCAGAAACCAGGGAGAGACGGGCUAAAAUCAAGGAGAUGAUGAAGCAUGCGUGGGACAGCUACAAGCAGUACGCCUGGGGUUCCAACGAGCUCAGGCCUGUCUCCAAGCACGGCCACUCCAGCAAUCUAUUUGGAAGUAUAAAAGGAGCGACAAUAGUGGAUGCUUUGGAUACCCUCUACAUCAUGGAGAUGUUUGAAGAGUUUGAUGCUGCUACUGACUGGGUGGAAAAGAGCCUUGACUUCAACGUGAAUGCAGAAGUGUCAGUGUUUGAGGUGAACAUCAGAUUUGUUGGAGGUCUGCUGUCCGCCUACUACUUGUCUGGAAAAGAGGUGUUUCGCAGAAAGGCAGUGGAGUUGGGCGAGAAGCUGCUGCCUGCAUUCAAAACGCCCACCGGCAUCCCCUGGGCUCUGCUUAACCUCAAGAGUGGUAUUGGUAGGAACUGGCCAUGGGCAUCGGGUGGUAGCAGCAUCCUGGCAGAGUAUGGCACCCUGCAUCUGGAGUUUAUGCACCUCAGCAGACUCUCAGGAAAUCCAGAGUUUGCUCAGAAGGUAAUGAACAUCCGUAAAGUACUCAAUCGCCUGGAAAAACCUCAGGGGCUAUACCCCAACUACCUGAAUCCCAACAGUGGACAGUGGGGCCAACAUCACGUGUCCGUGGGUGGCCUGGGUGACAGUUUCUAUGAGUACCUGCUCAAGGCCUGGCUGAUGUCUGACAAGACUGAUGAGGAAGGCAAGAAGAUGUACUACGAUGCCCUGCAGGCAAUAGAAACCAACCUGAUGAGGAAGUCAACCAAUGGGCUGACCUACAUAGCGGAGUGGAAGGGGGGGCUUCUGGAGCAUAAGAUGGGCCACCUGACCUGUUUUGCAGGCGGCAUGAUCGCUCUGGGUGCUGAUGGGGCGCCCGGUGACAAGACGGGCCACCAGAUGGAGCAGGCAGCAGAGAUCGCUCGCACCUGUCACGAGUCUUAUGCCAGGACAACUUUGAAACUCGGACCAGAGGCUUUCCGUUUCGAUGGCGGCGUUGAGGCCAUCGCCACCCGCCAGAACGAGAAGUAUUUCAUCCUCCGUCCUGAGGUCAUUGAGACCUACAUGUACAUGUGGAGGUUUACCCAUGACCCCAAAUACAGAGAGUGGGGCUGGGAGGCUGUACAGGCCUUGGAGCAGCACUGUAGAGUCGACGGAGGCUACAGCGGCGUCAGAGAUGUCUACGCUUCAUCUCCAAACUACGACGACGUGCAGCAGAGCUUCUACUUGGCUGAGACGCUCAAGUAUCUCUACCUCCUCUUCUCUGAGGAUGACCACCUACCAUUCGAACACUGGGUCUUCAAUACCGAGGCUCACCCCCUGCCCGUCAUAAGGAAGGAUAAAACGGACAGACCCAACGAAGUGGAGUAACGGACCUGCCUGCACCGACGCCCAGAAACGUGUGAGAACCUCGAUCCUGUAUACUGAGCCUCCAGCUGUCUGAAACUGUUGAGCCGCUUGGAGCCCUGAGUGGUUUCAGAUCAGACUUCACCUGAUAUUGUUGAUGGGCUCAAAACUGAACCCACUUGUGCUGGAGCCGGGUUCUCGCUGGAGACUCCAGGGGUUUUUUGUUUUGUUUUCCUUCACUUGAUUUUUUUUUUCUUCUUCUCUGGUUGAGUCCAAAGGCUGACCCAAAGCAACAUAUGUACUGCUGAAUAACAUGAUAGCUCAUCAAAAUGUAGACAUAAUAAUUAGAAUCAAGAUCUAAAGAAAAAAAAAAAGGCUGUUUAUUUCACUCCUCGGUUUGACUUCCUUCGCUUUUCUGUUCAUUUGGAGGGACAAUGUGACCAGCUAUCACUUUAUUCAUCAGUUUAAUUGUUGCCAGUAGCCAUUUUUGAUGAGGAGGAGGACGCUGACAGUCAUUCACCACUGAUAUGAACUACCAUGGAGCCCGAGGAAAAGCUCCCCACUGAGGAUCACAAGGCUGGCUGGCCGCGUGAACGGACGCUCAAUUCCCUUCACAUGUGUCGUCUUUUACCUGCUGCUCUACCACAACAACAUCUGAAUAGGAACUAGGAACCGGUCUUUCCUGCACCGACUUGAGUGUUUCAUAGUGUCGUCAGAGAACUGCUGGUUUUCUUAAAAAAAGAAUAGGAAGAAAAGGAAAGACGCAGCACAACCCGAGCCUCUUUUUAUAAACCUAACCGACUCUUCUUCCUCCUUCCUUUCUCUUGAGUUGGAUGUGACAAAUGACGACCAGCCGCACCAGCUCAUUACCUGCCAGUAACUCCACUUUCUCCCCACGAUGUUUACACAAAGCCAUCCUCCUCCUCCUCCUCCGUAUUCUUCUUCUGCUUUUCAUCUGCAUCUUUGACCCGCUUUUAGAUGUCUUUCUCCUUCUCAUAUGUGCCACUUUUCACAGUCUCACUCCAAAGAUGAUGUCUGCACAGCUGUAAUGGAGCAUGGAGAUUAGUUGGAGUGCGGAUGAAAGCUGUAGAAAGAAUUAGGUACUGAUUAGGUCCUGACAUUCAACAGAAAUCUUCUGAAAAUGCUAAUAUCCUCACAAUUGACCAUGUGUAUGCAUUAAAAAUUUAGCUUCCAGGCUCUUUACAAGAGGAAACUGAUUUAUUACAGUCCUCUGUAAUCCUUGUGCAUCAGUCGAGCCCUCGUCCUCUUCUUCACCGCGGUGUUGCUUCUUCUUGUUUCCGUCCUCCAGGUCCGCGUAGGGCAGCCUGUAGGAUCUUCCCUCCUCUGUGAGGAGACGCCGUCGCUCGACUCUUCUAUAACUAUCCACCUUCACACACACAAGAAGCCAUACUACUGCAACGCAGCUUCACCGUGCUGUUGUUAACGGGUUUUUUUGUUUCGUUUUUUUUCAUCCUCCACUCACAUGUAGAGUUUGUGACCGUGUUUGCUGCUUUUGUAUCUUCAGAGUCGCGCUCGCCUGGUCAUUUUAGUUUAAUUUCACAGUGAAGACUUCUCCCGAUGCCACACAGGAACCAGAUUUAAUCCAGUUUAGUCUUCGAUCUAGUGCCUUCGCUGUAGAGAAGGAGGGAGAAAGCAGCUCACGCAAACACAAAAAGCAGUUUCAAAGCAGUAUUGCAGCUUUAACUAAGAGCUCCCAUUGCUCUGAUGAGGAUUAUAAUAAAUCUAGACAUGGAUUAAAGGAUGAUAACUGCUUUUUAAUUUGACGUUUGGACUAAGUUGGGCUUGAUAAAUGGCUCAAGAGUUGGUAGGAACUUGGGCUUUGUUGUGCUAAGAGGGAGAUCAGAACACCAAAGUCCUGAGUUCAGAAUUAAAAUCGAAAAUAAGUCCUAUGCGCUUUACUUUUUCCAUCUCCAGAGUCUGCGUCUCUGUUGGGAAUCGCAGUCUAAUCAUUUGAGACCUGUGCAGGGCUCAGUCAACACAUAUUUGUUUGGCUAUACUGACAUCUAGUGGUAAGUCUAAAUAUUACAGUCUAAAUAACCGUAGUCUGAUAAGUCAACAGCUACUUCUAUGUCCAUAAAAGUAUUUACAGCUCAACAAACAAGGAAAGGGAAAACAUGCACUGUUGUACUUUGAGCCUUUAGAUUGAAUAUUUGAUGGAGCGAGGGCCUAGCUCAUAGAACUGCACAUUCAGUUCUGCUUAUCCUCCAAAUGAGCUUUAAACUGACAGAUGGUGAGUCAUUAGAAAGUUCAGUCAACAACAGGAUGACUGCUGAGCUGAUUUAUUUGUUCUGGCUGAGCGACGCUUGUGCAGGUUAUUUUUCUCAGCAGGUUAAAGAACAUUUGCCCCAGGUGUCUCAGAGCAGGUAAAUCAGUCUGUAAGGGUUUCAGAAUCAGUGCUUUCUGUUUUUUUUUUCUUGUUUCGUCAUCAGUUCUGCAUCUUCCAGCUUACCUGCAGUGUUGUUUUAUCCAUCUAGAUUUUUUUGGUGUGAGUCCUCCAGUUUUGGAGAACAUACAGUCAUGGGUUUAUGUGCACUUCUUUCAGCACGUUUAAUGGGCACAGUUUGAUGAAAAAGAAAUACAUGAAACCGCUCACAAGAAUGUUUGUAGAGUUUUGUGGAUUCAUAAAAGGUUUAUCCCCAAAAGUUGAUUCAUCUGGACGUAGCGUUUUCAG